AUGCCUGCAGCAAUCAAAGCUGCUCCAGAUGACAGAGGAAUGGAUCAUACAAACCAGGAAAGGAUAUUACCAGAGUGGGGGACAAACCAUAGGGAUAUACCUGUUUGUUUCAGCAAGAUGUCCCAAGAGUCUAGGAAGAAUUUCCCCCAUACCAAACAAGUUGGGAAUUACCUAGUGGGCAAAAUGAUCAACAAGGGCUCCUUUGCCAAAGUGAUGGAGGGCUUUCACAUCCCCACUGGGGAGAAGGUAGCCAUAAAAGUCAUAGACAAGAAAAAAGCCAAGCAAGACUCCUAUGUUUUAAAAAAUAUGAAGCGGGAACCUAGGAUACAUCAGAUGAUUAAACAUCCCAAUAUUGUUCAGCUCUAUGAAACAUUGGAGACGGAAAAUUCCUAUUACAUGGUGAUGGAACUGUGCCUUGGGGGAGAUCUCAUGGACAGAAUCUGCGAGAAAAAGAAACUGGAAGAAAGGGAAGUCAAGAAAUAUACCAGGCAGAUAAUGUCUGCAGUAGAACAUUUGCAUCAUCACGGGAUUGUCCACAGAGAUCUGAAGAUUGAAAAUUUUCUUCUGGAUGAAAACAACAACAUCAGAAUCGUUGAUUUUGGACUGAGCAACAUCAUGAAGUUUGAGGGCCUUUCUCAAGACCUGCUAAACACUCAGUGUGGGAGUCCAGCCUAUGCAGCCCCAGAACUCCUGGCUCAUAAAAAAUAUGGACCCAAAGUUGAUGUCUGGUCCAUAGGAGUUAGCAUGUUUGCCAUGCUAACCGGCACGUUGCCCUUCACUGUGGAACCAUUUAAUAUCAAGCAGCUGCACCUCAAGAUGGUGAACGGCGAAAUGAAUCCCAUUCCACCCGACAUUUCCACUGGAGCUGUUCAUUUCAUGCACUCUUUACUUGAACCUGAUCCAGCUAAGAGACCUGCUAUUAAAGAGGCAAUGAAAGACAAAUGGCUGAAUGACGGUAAUAUCAGGAAACCACUGAAUCCAUGUACAUAUAAAAAUAGACUUCGCCCCGAUGAGCUGAAUCCUGUUGUUUUGAAUUACAUGACGGAAUCACUGGAGCUCAAUCUUUCGGAUGUUGUCACUGUCUUGAUAAACAAUAAGCCAUCUUAUAUAAUGGCAACAUACUACUUGCUAUUGAAGAAAUUAAUUAGAUAUCAGAAAGAACACGGGACAAUGAAGAAGGAAAGUACCUCAGAAAAGUUUGAUGUUAAACUUCCUGGGACCCUAAGCCAAGAUGCAGAUGAUAUGCCAGCUUCUCAAAAGACAGAACAGGUUACAACAGAAAACUUGAAAAGCUGUGAGAAUAAAGUGUUUCCUUCUGUCCUGAACUCAGAAAUGCCAUAUGCUAUCCAGGAAGAUGAAAUAGCCAUCACUCUGGAAAACCAAGAAAUUUUACCAGAAGUUUCCAAGUUUGCAGACAGAGAAUUGGUUCAUUUUGAACCUCCUAAAUCUCCAAAUAAAUAUUUUUCAUGUGAGCCAUUAAAUCAGACACAACUGGAUCCGCAGGAAAAUAUAGAAGAUAUUAAAGGUUUUUCAGAAGAGAGAAAAUCAUAUUUAUCUGAGAAGCCACCUUCUGCUUUAGGAAAUAACCCAGCAUAUUCUAUGAACAACCAGGCUCAGAGGUCCUUAAUGUCAUGUGCAAGUAGACUAACACCAAGGUCAGCAAUUGAAAACAGACUGGUAGACCAAAGUCCUAUGGUUUGUCCAGACACAAGAGUCAAAGAUCUUCUGAAAGCAAUGGAUGAGAAUCUUCCAACUCUACCAUGGCAAUAUCAGGAAAAAGAAAGCUCAGCUCUCUUGAUUAUGGAAUCACCACACCUCUCACCUUUACCAAGGCUGAGACAAGUUGCCUUGAGGGACCCAAUCACUAAAAAGAUUUCAUUGAUGGGACUAUCACAGCAACAACCCAAUGGUUCAUCUCCAUUUUUUGUCAACGGGUCAAGACCGCCAAUUUUCCCCAUGACCCCACAACAAACACUUAUGGUAAGAAGCUUGAGGCAAUCCAAAGAAAAGUCAAAAGACUUCUUCAACAGUGGUAAGGUUAAGAGGAACUUUGUACAACUCAAACACACACCUAAGGAUGUGGACUUGAAUCUUCCAGUAUUAUCUCCACCAUAUCAAACAAGGUCAGGGAAAAAACCUGAGAUUUUAAGACUAGAUUUUGCGUAA